AUGAAAACGCUAAGGGCCAUUUCGUAUGCUACCGCUCUUACCAGCGGCCUGGUGCGAGGUUUCAGCCCAUCUGAAGAGUUACUUGACUUGGAGGCGCCGACGCCUGACACCAUGUCGAACCGUUCCGGUAGCCUCCGAAAAGUCUCUUUGCCUUCCGCCUGGGGAGAUGACCCGUAUCCCAUUACACACGUACAGGGCUCGCCCAUGGACGAAGCCAAUUUCCUCGGCGGAGGCAGCUUCUAUACCGACACCACGGACAACGGCUGGCGCAUCCGCAAAUCACUUCUCGACAUGCACAACUACGUCCGGAAACUGGAAGCACCUGCCGCACUUUACAUGACUAAACUCGUCUGGGACUUCCACCUUGAGGCCUUCUCGCGGCAAUGGGCACAGUACCUCUGUGAAAACCAGGACUCCACUUUCUUCGACCACAGUCCCA